AUGGCGCAGCGUGAGAAGCGGUUCGAUAGCGACUCCGACUCGGACAGCGCUCGCCAACCGUGGUAUCCCCCGCCCCCCACGGCACCUAUCCGCGAGAAGAGGGUGCGCAUGAGGGAGGUGGCGAGGCCGGUGGAAGAAAUACCGCCUCUGCCGCCUGUCCCUCCACUGCUACUCCCUCCACCCUCGCCGGCCUUCUCAGACGGACCUCGCAGUCCGCUCCUAGAGAGGGUCAGGUCUAAGCGGAGAACCAUUAUGCAAGCCCUCGAAGGAUGGUGGGAUCUUGAUAUUCUCGAAAAGAGACACACUUUGUUUGGUGGAGGAGCAUCACGAAAAUGA